AUGGCUGGCAUGUUUCUCCCCGAUACAUAUGGGCCGUGCAACGACGCUUCGAACUGGAGCAAUGCCACCGAUGGCCGCAACCUCUUCCUGGUGGCUAAUGCAACCGGUAACUUUGGUACCAGCGGGCCUAACGGCGCUUGCCACGGCAUCAUGCUGUACCUGAAUCGAAAGAAGGAUAUGCACCACUCCGAAAAGCACGAUGGAAGCAUACCCGAUGUGAAGCCCGCCUCGGAACCCCACAACCUCCGCCUACCGAUGGAGCUGGUGAUAAUGAUCACAAAAGACCUCCACCACACCGACCUCAUGAACCUCACCCUCUCCUCAAAGUACCUCCAGACAGCCUUCUUCGGGACGAACAACCCAUCCCAGGUAGCGAGAGAUCUACGCCAAUUUGCAUGCGCAGGAGACGCCGCCUCCUCAGUCAACUGCCCCGUCUGCCGCAUCCCAACAUGUUCGGGAUGCCGCCGCACCGCGCCCGCCCCUCGCCACAACCUCACGCUCAAACACUUCACCGGCUGCCAAGCAGUCUGCACCCGCUGCUUCUUCACGAACCACUGCGUCCGGAAGGCAGCAGAGCGUAAUCCCAAGCCCGCCGGCGGCAAGAGAUGGAACGGCAUUGGCUGGGCACGGGCGGGCAGACCAUUCCACCGGGGGAGGGGCCUCCUUGGUGGUGAGGGAGGGCCGAGACGCACCUUUGGUGGGGGGUGCUUCUCCGGCGGUGGCGGGAACGGGGGGAUGGUGGGCCUGGGUCGGAGCUCUGGCCCGGCGGUGGAGGAGGUGUGCCAGAACUGUGCGAGGCUGGAUGGGCUGGGGAGGGAGGAGAGAAGGGAUGCGGGGAAUUUACGUGAGAUGUGGCGGCGGGCGACACUUCCGGUGGCGUGUUUGACGUGUAGGGAGGUGUUGUCGGAAGGGGGGGUGAGGUGGUGGGUUGAUUCGGGGACUGGGGAGGAGUGUAGGUGGUAUGGUCAUCCGGGGUGGGUGGAUGGACCGAGACGGGGGCCUGCGGCUGGGAUUGGGGGCUGA